AUGAACGUGAACGUGCUGCUCGACUCGGCCAAGGACGCCUUCUACGCUCUGACUGGCUCGUGCUGCAAGACCGAUGCGACGCUGAAACUCAACGGGCGGUCAUUCACCAUCGUAAAGCUCCUCGGCGAGGGCGGAUUCAGCUACGUAUACCUCGCUAGGGACAAUGCCUCGGGAAGAUUGUUUGCGCUGAAGAAGAUUAGGUGUCCAUUGGGAAGCGACUCGGUCAAGGCGGCGCUGAAGGAGGUCGAGGCCUACAAACGCUUCCGGCAUCCCAACAUUAUCCGCUGCCUCGACAGCUGCGUCGUCCAGGACCGUGAGAGCGAUGGAAAGGUCAUCUACCUCUUCCUGCCUUACUACAAGAAUGGCACCGUCCAGCACGUCAUCUCCGCCAACGCCGUCAACGGCUCGCGCUACCCGGAACACCAAAUGCUCUCCAUCUUCCUCGGCACCUGCCAAGCCGUCCGCGCGAUGCACCAGCACAAAUCCGGCCUUUCUUCCUCCAGCUCCAGCCGACGACCCCGAAUGAGUCCCGCUGCAUCGACGUCAGGCAGCGGAGCGAACGGCUCGAGUUACCCGCCUGCGAAUCGCGGUGGGGAUGCGACGACUACGGAGGACGAGGCGUUCGACGAGUUUGAUGACGAGGAGGAAGAAUCCGGCGGGUUGCGGAUGGGCACAGAGGGACAGGCUUUGAUUGGUGGGUUGGAGAGUGCGAAGGCCCAGCUGGAAGAGGAGGAGGGUGAUGAGGGGAUGGCGGGACUGGGAGACGAGGAUGGCGCGACGGUGCUGGGAAAGGUUGGAGACGGGCAGAAACGGACGGGUGGUGUGUUGUCCGACGGCGAGGGGAAGAAGGGAGCGAUCACUCCUUGGGCGCAUCGCGACAUCAAGCCUGCGAACGUCAUGCUUGCGGACGACGGCACGACGCCCAUCCUCAUGGACUUUGGCUCGGCGAUGCCUGCGCGGAUCCCGAUUCCGGACCGGCGGGUUGCGCUGCUUCAGCAAGACUUGGCGGCCGAGCAUUGCUCGAUGCCAUUCCGGGCGCCUGAGCUGUUUGAUGUCAAGACCGGCACGACUCUGACAGAAGCAGUCGACAUCUGGUCUCUCGGCUGCACGCUCUACGCGAUGGCGUACGGCACCUCUCCCUUCGAGACGGCACAGCAGUCCGAGCACGGCGGCUCGAUCGCCAUGGCUGCCAUGGGCGGCAAGUUCUCGUUCCCCGACGACGGCCAGUACAGCGAGCGGUUCAGGGAUCUCGUUAGGGCGAUGCUCAAGGUCAACCCAGAGGAGCGGCCAACCAUCCAAAAGGUCAUCGAGAUGACGCAGGAAGUCCUCGCGCGGCUACAGUAG